AUGCAAAUCAACUUGAAAGCAAAAGAGUUUAGUACACUCGAUGAAGAUUCAUCGUCAGAUGAUGAUUAAGAAUUCGUCAAAAGAAUAUUAGGAUAAACUUCUAAAAAUGAAAAUAAAUCAGACAUUAAUACUAAUCCGAUUUAAAGCAAUGCUCAAAUAGGACAAAAAUAGUAAAGCAAUCUAAAAUAAAAUGUAGCUAAUAGUUACGAAAAUUAAUUCAAGGGAUUGAAUGGGUUAUAUUAAAAUAAUUCACCUCAAUAAAAGCUUCAGCCAUAAGCUAAGACUUCAUCAAAUAAUCUCUCAGGAAUCAACAAAUCUUUAUUAAAUAAAAGUAAAAAGUCUACUUUAAAUUAAAGUGAUGAUGAAGCUGAAUAAAUGAACAUCGAAGAAGACUAAAAUAGCGUUUAGACAAACCAAAAUGAUUUUUUAAACUAAUUCUAGAUGCAAUCAAAACAAACUACUUUUAAGAACUCAACUUCAAGAUAAAGCAAAUAGUAUAGUGGAGAUAAUUAAAAAGGCAGCUUAUCAAUACCUAAUAAAGAGGAGGAAUAGUUAAAUUAAAUCCCAAAAUUUGCUUAACAAAGGUAUCGUAAAGAUUCCAGAUAAAUUCCAUUUGGGAAUCCAUAAUAUGACCCAACAACUUUGUAUAUUCCACCCUAAGAAUUUAGUAAACUCACAAGUGCGAUGAAAUAGUAUUGGUAAAUAAAAGCAAAGCAUUUUGACAAAAUCAUCUUAUUCAAGAUGGGAAAAUUUUAUGAACUCUUUUAUGAAGAUGCUAUAAUUGCAACUAGACUUUUAGAUAUCACUUUUACAAACAAAGAAUUGCAUUGUGGUUUCCCUGAGAAGGCAUUGGAAAAAUUUGCUUCAAAGCUUGUUCAAUUCGGAUACAAAGUAGUUGUAGUAGAGUAAACUUCUAAAAAGACGACUACAGGUAUAGUAGACAGAGACAUUACAUAAAUCAUUACAAAAGGUACAAUUAACUUCACUUUUGAAGAGUAAAAUCACGAUCCUAAGUAUCUCCUUGUUAUCAGAUAAAAAACAAACUAAGAGUUCGGUAUAAUUGUUUAUGAAUCUUUUACUAGCAAAAUUCAAGUCGGCCUACUGUAAGACGACAAAACAUAGACAAGACUAAAAUCAUUUUUAUGUGUUACUAAACCUUAAGAAAUAGUUUAUGAUCCAGGAAAUAUAACAUCAGACAUUCUUAAAAUAUUGAAAAGUUAAUAUUUUUAGUCUGUUAUGAGUCCCAUGAGAGAUAACAAAGACUAAUGGAGUACUCAGCUUGCAACCUUUUAUAUUGAGAAGCAAUUUGGAAGCGAAGUGCAAAAAUACCCUCAAGAACUUAGAGAUAUUAGAACUAAUGACGAAAUUAGGGGCUAAGUUAUUAAUUUAAAAUAUGCUGCGCUUGCAGGAUUUUUUUCAUAUAUGGAUUCUACUCUCCAGUUAGAAAGUAUUCUUAAUUCCUCAGAAUACGUUGAAUGCGAUUUCGAUAAUAAAUAAUUUUCACAAAGAAUGAUCUUAGACAGCCAAGCACUUCAGCACUUAGAAAUAUUUGAAAACUCUUAAACUGCUUUAACAACAACUUUUUAAUAAGUUGACUAAAAGAAAGGAACACUUUUGAAUUACCUUGACUACACUAAAACGCCAUAUGGUAAAAGAAUGUUAAAAAAAUGGGUUUGCUCUCCAUUGAUUGACAUUUCAGCUAUAAAUGAUCGUUACGAUGCUAUUGAAGAUAUUUAAAACAAUCUUGCGAUGAAAGAUAAGUUUUAAUAUGGAAUAGCUAGAUACGCAGAUAUUGAGCGUCUUUGCUCUUCUAUUUACAGAUAUAGCGUUAAAUAAAAACAUGCUGAGAAAGCUGUAAUGUAUGAAAAUAUUUCCAGUGCAAGAUUGAAAGAAUUUAAAAAUUUAAUUAAUUCAAUGAAAGAGAUCGAAAAACUUAUUGAAGAAACAUUUAUGGUUAACCAAGAAAAUUUUAAGAGUUAAAGACUCAAACGUUUAUGUACUUAUAGACUGAAAGGUGAUCCAAAACUUUCUGGAGAUUUACCUAAAGUCAGUAGCUUUAUAAAAGUUCUUGAGGACAUUAUUGUCUUAGACUCUAAAGAAAAAAUAGCAGGAAAGUAUAUAGAAUAACCAGUACCAAAGGAUGGGUUUUGCUAAGAAUAUGAUAGCAUCAGACUUCAGAUUAAAGCUUAUUAAGAUGAACUUGAUUAAUAUUUAGAACAAUUAAAAGUAAAAUUCAAAACAAAUGAUAUUUCAUAUGCAUUUCUGAAUAAUAGAUAAUAUGAUAUUUAAGUCAACAAAACUCUUUUUGAUAAAAUAUAAAAACCUGCUGAUUUCUCUCUAUAAAGCCAUUCUGGGUCGUUUCAGAGAUUUACUAGCAGAUUUACAUCUGAAAAAGUUGCAUUCAUUGAGGAGUUGGAGGAAUAACUUAAAGAAAUUUUAUCAAACUUCUGUGUAACUGUGUUUAGAGAGUUCUAUAAAAAGAAGCAUGUUUGGGAUAAAUUUGUAAGUAUAGUAGCUGAACUGGAUUGCUUAAUAAGCAUAAGCCAUGCUUGCUUUACAAUGGCUGAUGGUGUUAUGUGCAGACCUGUCAUAAAGUUUGCAAAAAAUUAAAAAGAAACCUUUUUCUAUUUAAAAUAAGGAAGAAACCCUAAUCUAAUUUAAUUGGAUUUAAAAUAAGUUCCAAAUGAUAUCAUUCUAGGAAACAUUGCAGGAAUGAAUGCUUAGCCUAAUAUUAUGAUUUUAACAGGUCCAAAUAUGGGUGGUAAAUCAACAACUUUAAGGUUGUUCUGUUUAUCUGCUAUUUUAGCUUAAAUAGGUUGUUAUGUUCCUGCAGAGUAAUGCGAAUUUAGUUUAGUGGACAGAAUUUUCACAAGAAUUGGUGCUGGUGAUAAAUUGAUAGAAGGAAAAAGUACAUUUUAUAUAGAAAUGGAAGAAGUUAAAAAUUCAAUUAUGUAUGGUACUUACAACAGUAUUGCAAUAUUUGAUGAAUUAGGAAGAGGAACUUCCACAUUUGAUGGUGUAGCUAUUGCUUUUGGAAUUCUUAAAUAUUUUAUUGAAAAAAUUUAAAGUAGAUGCAUAUUUGCUACCCAUUUUUUCCUUUUGAUAAAUGAAUUAAGAUUUUAUAAAGAAAUAUCCUUUUAUCAUAUGGAAUACUAUUACGAUAACAAAUCUAAAAAGCUCAUAUUUAAAUACAAACUUAAAUAAGGCAACGCAGAAAGCAGCUUUGGUAUAGAUUUAGCAAAGAUAGUCGGUAUAGAAUAAUCUGUACUUAAUUUAGCCUAAAAGAAGUAACUAGAAUUCGAAAACAGCUUAGAGUAUGCAGAAGUAGAAAAGUAAUAAACUAUAAAAUAGUUUAAUGGGCUCAUUUCUAAGCUAUUUACCUAUGAAAAAGAUAGAAUAUAAUGA